AUGGAUUGUCACGUGAAAGUUGUUGCAAUAUUAAUAUUGUUGGCUGCUAAUGGCUUCAUGGCAAUCUCAUCAACAUGUGUAUUUACAAGGGGGUAUCGAGUUCACAUCCUUAACAAGUUGUCGUCGAGCUCUUAUAUAAAGGUGCAUUGCCGGGCGAUAGGCGACGACCGCGGCGAGCAUACCCUUUCGCAGGAUGACGACUACAAUUUUCAUUUUUGCAAUUCAUUUUUCGAAGACACUAAGUUCAUAUGCGAACUUCGUUGGAGCAACCUUUUUGCUUCGAUUGAAGCAUUUAAGUCGAGUUUUGAGAUCGACCGCCUAUGCGGGCCGGAUUGCUAUUGGGUGGCUACCGAGUACGGUAUCGCUUUCGGGAAAGAUCCUACCAAUGUUAAGCAGAAGUACGAUUGGUUGUCGGACUCGUAG